CGCCACAAUCGCAUUUGAGUAUUGUGAGUUGUGCAGUUCUCUAGACGUUAUCGUAAACGCGUGAUAAACCAGUCGCAAGCGCAGCGACGACGUCCGCACUAAUAGUGAAUUGGGAAAAAACGCGUUAAUUCGCAAUCAUUUCGGUUCACACUCCACACAGGUAUGCUUGUCAACAAAGUGUCAGUAUCUCCAAAAUGCAGUGGAGAUUAGUAGCGUGGUUGGGUGUGUGGGGCGAGCUACUCUUGGUCGGAGGCGCCUGCGCACAAAUCCCCUCUCCCAACCCUGACCAAAACUCCCACGUGCUCGAGCCCGCAAACCUGCGCCUCACAGAGGAAGGCAACAAAAGUGACCCUGUACAAACACAGAAUCUAAAAGAAGACCCUGUUUCGCUUCUAAGAGAAACUGACUAUGGACCCGUGAUGGGCGUAAACUGGAGAAGUGAUGAUAAUAUUUUGGCAUUCAUUGAUAUCCCGUACGGAGCGGUUGAGAAACCUUUUGCGGCACCAAUUAAUCCCACGAGCUGGAGCGACCCGCUGCACUAUGCGUCGCACACGAAGCUAUGUCCGCAGCUGCAGCCGCCGGACGACGAGCCGGUGUUAGUGGGCAACUUAGAAUGCUUGACGCUCAGCAUAUUCACGCCGGUCCACGCCGAUAACCUUUCGGUGCUUUUCUAUAUCUACGACAGCAAUUUUGUGAGUGACAGUGCUGAUCCCGGAAUCUAUGGCCCAGAACAUCUCGUAUCUAAAGACGUCAUUUUAGUCUUACCCAACUAUCGACUUGGUCCACUCGGAUUUCUAUGCCUUCAGAACAAGACAGCGCCAGGAAACGCUGCUUUGAAAGACCUGGCUUUGGCAUUAAAGUGGACAAAAAACAACAUAAAGGCAUUUGGAGGAAAUUCAGCUAAAAUUGUAGUAGGUGGUGAAGGCGCGGCUGGAGCGCUGGCUCAGUACCUAGCACUAUCUCCUAUGUCUAGGGAAUACAUAAAGGGGGUCAUUUCGGAAAGUGGAUCAGUGCUCGCGCAUUGGGCUAUAGACAGAGACCCAAUAGCUACAGCAACAAAAUUAGUUAAUGCUAUGGGGGAACCGAUUAGUGACGAUAUCGAAAUUAAAGAAAUCAUAAGUAAAUCUCACGGAAUUGACUUCAGGCCUUGUGUAGAAAAAGGAUUAGAUUCGUUCAUUAAUGAAUCAUCUUGGCAAAUCUUAAAUAAAGAGAAAACCUUCAGUAAGUUAAGAGGUAUUGUCUUCAUGAUUGGAUCUGCAGAUCACGCCGGAAUGCAAGAGGCGGCCGAUCAAAACUUACUACACAUGAACUAUGACUUUACAAAGUUUUUACCCAACGAUUUAAAGUUCAUGACCGAAGAUGAAAUAAGAGAAGAAAGUGAUAAAAUUAGGGAUAUUUAUUUCCAAGGGCCAAUAGAGGACAUUGAAGACGUUUCGCUGUACCAUACUGAUGCUUCCUACCUUGGUCCUUCAAUACGCACUGCACGUUUACUCGCUAAGGCUGGCGCUACAGUAUACUUCUACGAGUUUUCCUACGUAGGACAAUUGAAUAGAGUGAAAAAUUCACUACUGGAACGCAUCAACGUGAAUGGCGCCGCGCGGGGCGACAUUGUCGGUUACACCUUCACUGAGGGAGACACUACAUUCUCAAUGGAAGAUGAUGAUAAUAUGAUCCACUUUAUGACAACUCUAUGGACUAGUUUCGCCAAAGAAGGAAAACCAUCUACGGCGGACGUCGAAUGGAGCAUAUUUAAUAAUGCAAAGGAAGAGUCGGAAGUAUGGUUAUCGAUAGGCACUGAGCCAAAGGUGAACACUUCGGGCAUGUAUGUGAACCGGCUGCAUCUCUGGACUGAGCUGUAUAAAAACCGCUUCAUCGAUAACCGAGCCCUGGGUUUGAACCCUUGCCAAUUUUUGAUGUUUCUGGUUUCAGUCGUUCUAUUUACUUUCAAAAUAAUGGCGCGAGUGGCGACGCACCUGUUGCUGUGGGGUUGGCUGGGGCUUUGCGACGGACAGAACAGCAUCGGGGGAGUGGUGGGGGGUCGAGGGGGGCUGGCGUGGCGCGCGCAUCGCGAGGUGAAUACGGACCAGGGCGCGGCACGCGGUUACCAGCACACGCCGCCCGCGCACUACGUCUUCCUCGGACUGCCGUACGCAAGCCCGCCAACACAUCGCGACAGGUUUAAGGCACCAGACCCCCCACCAGAGUGGGACGGCAUCUUCGAGGCGACGCACCGCGUCAAAUGCGUGCAGCCAUCGGGCGAGGGCGACGAGAACUGUUUGGUGGCGAACGUGUUCGUGCCCGAGCGCGAAGUCGGCGCCAGCGCGCUGCCCGUGCUCGUGCAUGUUCACGACGGCGGGUUCCAAGAAGGCUGGGGCUCUUAUCAGCCCCCAGAACGGCUUCUUCAAGAUUUCAUUGUGGUGACUUUCAACUACCGCUUAGGAGUCAUGGGGUUCCUCUGCCUGGGCACAGCCGAAGUCCCAGGUAAUGCUGGACUCAAGGACCAAAUUGCGGCCCUUUACUGGAUCCACAGAAAUAUUCACAACUUUGACGGGAACCCGCAUAAUAUCACGCUUUACGGAACAGGGGCUGGUGCAGUGGCUAUACAACUUCUUCUCUUAUCAGGGUUAACCAAAGGGCUUUUCCAUCAAGUGAUUCUAGAGUCAGGCUCGGUACUAUCUCCAGGUUCUAUGGCUUAUGAUCCCUAUACAACAGCUCUUAAUGAAGCCAUUAAUCUAGGUUACGAUGAUGAGGAUGACACAGCUGAUCUAAUUGAGUUUUACCAGGACUUAUCUAUUGAAGAAUUAGUCAAUAUUACCUCAUUAUUUCUGCCAUGUGUUGAGAACAGUUACUACUACGCUCAUAGUUUAAUAGCCAAGGACCCAAAGCAAAUAUUAAAACAGGGUUUCUUUGAUCAAGUACGGCUGCUAAUUGUGUAUACAGAAGCUGAAGAAAUAUCUAUAAUUGAAGAGAAUUCAGCAAAAUGUAGUGUAGUGCCUGAAUAUUUUGAUGAUUUACUGCCUAACAAUUUGGAUUUUCAAAGUGAGGAUAUAAAGUACAGAAUGGCAGAGUUUAUUAAACAAUUUUACUUUGACGAAAAAGAGCUGAAACCUGAUUCUAUUAUGGAGUGUUACAUAGAUUAUAUUAAUGAUAUCUUUAUGGAGUAUCCUAUGGUUAAGUUUGCCGCAAUGUAUGCUUUAAAAAGUACUUUGCCAGUGUAUCUUAUGAAGUUUAACUUUAAUGUGGAUACAGAUAAGACGGCAAAGCACAGCGACAUAUUCAGUUAUAUUUUUGCUAAAGUUGACCAAUUAGAAAGUGAUGAGGAGACCACAGUGCAAAGACUGCUAAGUCUUUGGAAGAACUUUAUGACCUUUGGGGACCCUACGCCACUGUCAACUCCUCUAGUGCCAGUAAUCUGGCAACCUUUAAACCCUGAAGGCAAAUUCCAAGAAAUGGAUAUCCACAUAGCUUCCUGUUUACUCUUCAAUAGAACCUUAGUGAUGAGCAAGCCACCGGCCAGUCAGCGGCUUAGCUUUUGGGAUCGCAUUUAUAAUAAAUUUUACAAGAUUCAUACUUUCGAUAAUUCAUAA